AUGCGAUCUAAAAAUAGGUUGAUUAAAGAAGAAGAGAACAAUAUCCUGCUAAAUCUCUCACGAGACGAGUUCCGUGAGUUCCGUACGCUGGUGAUCGACAUGGUGUUAGCUACGGAUAUGUCCUUCCACUUUCAACAGUUGAAGAACAUGAGGUCUCUUCUCUCGCUCGCUGAACCUGCUGUGGACAAAUCCAAAGCCGUUUCACUCGUGCUGCAUUGCUGUGAUAUCUCCCAUCCAGCUAAGAGAUGGGACCUCCACCAUCGAUGGACUAUGAGCCUUCUGGAUGAAUUCUUCUUGCAAGGAGACAAGGAGAGGGAACUCGGUCUUCCAUUCAGUCCUCUUUGUGAUAGGAACAACACGCUUGUAGCUGAAUCUCAGAUUGGAUUCAUCGAUUUCAUUGUGGAACCCAGUAUGGGGGUAUGUGCCGAUAUGUUGGAAUGUAUUCUGGGUCCUUUGCAUUCUAACACAAAGAAUUCGUCUAGUACAGCUGGUCACGACUCUAUAAGUGAAGACAGUGGGGUCGCAGAAUUAACAAAAUUCAAAAUAAAGAAACCUUGGGUUGCUUGCCUUAUGGACAACAAGAAGAUUUGGAAAGAACAAGCAGCAAAAGACGCUGAAGACAGAGCCAGGUUGGAAGAAGAGUCCAACGGUGCACCACCACAACAGCCGGAUGAAUAA